UAGUGUAGUAGUAGUAGUAUAGAACGCAUUCAAGGAGCACGCUCAGAAGCGCAUUACUAACUCGGCGUCUUUCGACGUCGUCGGAGCGUCGCUCGCGUCGACGCUUUCAGUCUGAUCCGUGCGCGCGAGUAGAUAAAGACGACGUUCGUUCUGCGUUAGCAGCAACAGCAGCAGCAGCAGCAACAGCAGUAUCACGUCUGCCCAAUUUUUUCAUCAGUUUUCUCUACUCUUCCUUAUUUCCCUUCCUCUUCCCUCUUAAUUUUUAUCACCAUUUCGUUUUCUUUUUCGGUUUAUAUCACAUUUUUUCCUCUUUUUUAUUAUUAUUAUUAUUAUUAUUUCAAUUGUGUAUUAACACACGUAAUUCCCGUUGAUAAUCAUUUCUCGUUCCCCUUUCAUUUAUAUUAUUCUCAUGUUGCUAAUAAAUGUACGAGGAUUUGAUAUCAGUCGAUUUAAAGAAAAGUCGAGAAUAGUCGAGGUUACGGAAAAAAAUAAUAAAAAUGGAAUAAAAUAAGAAGUAGAAGUGUACGAUCAUCGUCGAAUACGACAUACGUCUUACGAAACUAAAUAAAGGAAGUAAAAAGAAGAAGAAUAAGAAGAAGAAGAAGAAGAAGAAGGAAAAGAAUCGCUAUGGGGAAGGUGUACGAUACAAGCAACGAGUGCCGUCGCUGAGAAGAUGCCACCGAGGAGGAAGUACGAGACAUGAAGAAACCGCAACCAAGGGAAAGGUGGGUUUCUUCGAGCCAGGGCAGGCGGUAGCAGAGCCGUGAUCAAAAUGAACCUGAUUAACAUGGACGCGGAAAACCGCGUGGUUCUUAACGUGGGUGGGAUCCGGCAUGAAACAUAUAAAGCCACCUUGAAGAAGAUCCCAGCAACUAGGCUCUCGAGGUUGACCGAAGCCCUCGCGAAUUAUGAUCCGAUCUUGAACGAGUACUUCUUCGACAGGCAUCCAGGUGUUUUCGCACAGGUUCUUAAUUAUUAUCGUACCGGAAAGCUUCAUUAUCCAACUGACGUUUGUGGACCGCUAUUCGAAGAGGAACUCGACUUUUGGGGUCUCGAUUCCAAUCAAGUCGAACCUUGUUGUUGGAUGACCUAUACUCAGCAUCGGGACACACAGGAAACCCUGACGGUCCUGGACAGGUUGGAUUUGGACACUGAAAAACCUACGGACGAGGAACUGGCUAGAAAGUUUGGCUUCGAGGAAGCAUAUUACGAGGGCACCCUCACCUGGUGGCAAAAGCUCAAGCCUCAAAUGUGGUCGCUCUUCGAUGAACCCUACUCCUCACCUACCGCCAAGGUAAUCAGCAUAAUUUCGGUCUUCUUCAUCUGCAUCUCCAUAUUGUCAUUCUGCCUGAAGACUCAUCCCGAUAUGCGCGUACCAGUAAUAGUUAAUCGUUCGGUGAAGACGGGAAACGCGACGACAUGGGUUUUAGACAAGACGCGUACGAACGCCCACGAUUUCUUCUUCUACAUCGAGUGUGUCUGCAACGCAUGGUUUACCUUGGAGUUUCUAAUAAGAAUAACGGCUAGCCCAAAUCGUUGCGUAUUUAUUAAAAGUUCGGUCAAUGUUAUCGACAUGGUAGCAACGUUGAGUUUUUACCUUGAUUUGGCGUUGCAAAAAUUCGCAUCGCAUUUGGAAAAUGCAGACUUUCUCGAGUUCUUGAGCAUAAUACGUAUAAUGAGACUGUUCAAGCUUACCCGUCAUUCGUCCGGCCUGAAGAUUUUGAUCCAAACAUUCCGUGCCUCGGCGAAGGAACUUACCCUCCUGGUAUUCUUUUUAGUCCUCGGCAUUGUUAUAUUCGCAAGUCUGGUUUAUUACGCCGAGAGGACUCAAUCCAAUCCUCAAAACGACUUCAAGAGCAUACCUCUCGGCUUAUGGUGGGCUCUGGUAACGAUGACAACGGUUGGUUAUGGGGAUAUGGUACCGAAGACAUACGUGGGGAUGUUCGUUGGUGCGCUAUGCGCCCUGGCCGGUGUCCUCACGAUCGCCCUGCCGGUGCCCGUGAUCGUCAGCAACUUUGCGAUGUAUUACAGUCACACGCAGGCGCGAGCAAAACUACCAAAGAAGAGACGUCGCGUAUUACCGGUCGAACAACCAAGGGUCAGAGCAUCUGGUGCACCUCCCGGUGUUGGACCAGCUGGAAUUGGUGCUCCUGGCGUUGGUAGUACCGUUGGUGGACCUCCUGGUGUCGGAGGACACGGACCAACUAGCCAACAUACCACAACUGGUGGGGGCCCUCCGUCCUCUGGCGCCACGCACGGACAGCAACCGGCCGGUGGUUGCCCUCCUCCUCAUCAGGGGCCUCAGAACCGUAGGAUGAACGCCAUCAAGACCAAUCAUCCCAAGGAUCCGUUCGCCACUAAAUCAGUGGGUUCCAGAGGAAGACCGGAGGAACUCUAACCUGCAGACCAACGGGACCAAGACUACCGGAGGUUUGGGUUAAGCCGAUACCAUGGCUACUCUCCACUGCCGAUGCGUUCGCCGAACGGAAAUAGAAGAAGAAUAAGUAGAAGAAUAAAAGGAGGAUGACAGAGUCGAAGGUUAGAGGGAACAGCUCGCAAGUCCGCUCGAUGAUCGAUUAACUUUGCGGACAUUAUUAUACCGAAAGACAGUUACCAACUGUUUUUCGGAACACGAUAUUAAUUUAUUUCCCUCUCACUCGCUCCUUCGCUCGCUCAUUCGUUUUCUCUCUCUCUCUCUCUCUCUCUUUCUUUCUUUCUCUUUCUCUCUUCCAUUCACCCCUUUCACUCAAACAUUUUUCUCACUUUCUCUGAUAAACGUAAAACAAGCACGAUAUCAAAGUAAAACAUUCGAUUUUAAAUCUCUGAUCGCUUCGCUGUUAGAAAAAAGAAUAUUUAAAAAUGUAUUAUUUAUUAUUAUUAUUUAUUAUUUAUCAAUGAUCUGUUUUAAACAAUUAUUUCUUCCCUAAAACACGAUAUACAUAUUAUAUUGCCAAAAAAAUAUACGAUUAACUCCUUUUACUUGCGUUAGGGUAGAUCAAUAUUCUUUUUAUUUUAAUCGUGUAAGUGUAUUCCUAUUAUUUUCGAUCUUUAAUCAAUAUUUUUAAAUAACGCGGGGAGGAUAGUAGAAAAGCGGUAAAUAUAACUCUCGUAGGAUACGCAACGCUCAUUAAAUAUCGAAGAUAGGUUAUCCUCUCUACGUAAUAAUAGGAUUGAGGUCAAGGGGAAAAAAGUAGAAGAAAAUGGAAAUGAAGAAGAAGAAGAAGAAGAAAAAGAAAAAGACAAAAAGAAAUAGAAGACAAACGAAAAAAGAAAGAAAGAAAAAAAAGUAACGUGUAAUUGUGGGAGACUUUGAAAAGGGUGAUGAACGACGAGUCUGUAAGUUGGAAAAAAAGAA